AUGUCAAGCGCUGAAGAGUUUAAACAGCAGGGAAACGCUGCUUUUGUUGCUAAGGACUAUGCGAAGGCCGUGGAGCUCUUCGGAAAGGCUAUCGAGGCUUCCGAACAAGCAAAUCAUGUGUUGUAUUCUAACAGAUCUGCGUGUUACUCGUCGUUGAAGAAGUUUAAGGAAGCGUUGGAAGACGCUGAGGAGUGUGUCAAAAUCAGUCCCAGCUGGGCUAAAGGCUACAACCGUGUGGGUGCAGCGCAGUUUGGAUUAGGGAAGUUGGAAGAUGCAGAGAAAGCUUACAAGAAAGCUUUGGAACUAGACAGUAGCAAUAAAGCAGCGAAGGAUGGAUUGGAACAGGUGCAGAAGAGCCAGCAGUCCAGACAGCAGAUGCCCGACUUGGGUCUGGGACAGAUGUUCAACGAUCCGAAUUUGAUCGAGAAAUUGAAGAACAACCCAAAGACAGCGGAGCUGAUGAAAGAUCCUCAGUUGGUAGCAAAGCUGGCACAAUACAGAACGAACCCACAGGCCAUCAGCCAGGACCUGUUCAGUGAUACGCGAUUGAUGACCAUCAUGGCGGCUUUGAUGGGGAUCGAUUUGAAUAUGGGAGCGGCUAGCGAUGCGCAAUCUGCUCCAGAAGCACCAAUGAACACUGCUGCUGAGCCAGCGGAGACCACAUCCUCAAGCGAACCAGAAAGCAAGAAGGAAGAGCCAGAGAAGAAGGAGACUGAACCAGAGGCCAUGGAAGUGGACGAAAACGGAUCCCAACUGGCUGCAGAAGAGGAGAAGGCAGAAGGUAACAAGCUAUACAAGGCUCGUAAGUUCGAUCAGGCAAUCGAGCACUAUAGCAAAGCCUGGGAACUGCACAAGGACAUCACUUACCUAAACAACCGUGCGGCUGCAGAGUACGAAAAGGGUGAAUAUGAAACUGCCGUCGAAACUUUGACCAAGGCUGUUGAAGAGGGUAGGGAAUUGAGAGCCGAUUACAAGAUCAUUGCAAAAUCAUUCGCUCGUAUUGGUAAUGCUUACCACAAGUUGGGAGACUUGAAGAAGUCGAUUGAAUUCUAUCAGAAAUCAUUAACUGAACACAGAAACGCAGAUGUUCUAAACAAGCUGAGAAACGCAGAGAAGGAGUUGAAGAAGCAAGAGGCAGAGAAAUAUAUUGAUCCUGAGAAGGCUGAAGAGGCUCGUUUGCAAGGUAAGGAAUACUUCUCUAAUGCCGAUUGGCCAAACGCAGUUAAAGCAUAUACUGAAAUGAUCAAGAGAGCACCAGAGGACGCCAGAGGUUACUCGAACAGAGCUGCAGCUUUGGCCAAAUUAAUGUCUUUCCCAGAGGCCAUUACAGACUGCGACAGAGCCAUCGAGAAAGAUCCAAACUUCAUCAGGGCUUACAUUAGAAAGGCAAGCGCCCAAAUAGCUGUCAAAGAAUUUGCAGCUGCUAUAGAGACAUUAAAUGCGGCUCGCUCAAAGGACAGUGAAGUGAACAACGGCGCAAACGCUAGAGAAAUCGAUCAGCUCUUCAUCAAAGCUAACAGCCAGAGAUUUCAACCCGGGGACGCCAAUGAAACGCCAGAGCAGACAUACCAAAGAGCCAUGAAAGAUCCUGAAGUUGCUGCCAUUAUGCAAGACCCAGUUAUGCAAAGCAUACUUCAACAAGCUCAGCAAAACCCAGCAGCUCUGCAAGAGCACAUGCAAAACCCAGAAGUCUUUAGAAAGAUUCAAACUUUGAUCGCUGCCGGUAUCAUUCGUACGGGCCCACGCUGA